AUGGAGACGCACAUCUCGUGCCUGUUCCCCGAGCUGCUGGCCAUGAUCUUCGGCUACCUGGACGUGCGCGACAAGGGGCGCGCGGCGCAGGUGUGCACGGCCUGGCGGGACGCCGCCUACCACAAGUCGGUGUGGCGGGGGGUGGAGGCCAAGCUGCACCUGCGCCGGGCCAACCCGUCGCUGUUCCCCAGCCUGCAGGCCCGGGGCAUCCGCCGGGUGCAGAUCCUGAGCUUGCGCCGCAGCCUCAGCUACGUGAUCCAGGGCAUGGCCAACAUCGAGAGCCUCAACCUCAGCGGCUGCUACAACCUCACCGACAACGGGCUGGGCCACGCGUUCGUGCAGGAGAUCGGCUCGCUGCGCGCGCUCAACCUGAGUCUCUGCAAGCAGAUCACCGACAGUAGCCUGGGCCGCAUCGCCCAGUACCUCAAGGGCCUGGAGGUGCUGGAGCUGGGCGGCUGCAGCAACAUCACCAACACUGGCCUCCUGCUCAUCGCCUGGGGCCUGCAGCGCCUCAAGAGCCUCAACCUCCGCAGCUGCCGCCACCUCUCGGACGUGGGCAUCGGGCACCUGGCCGGCAUGACGCGCAGCGCUGCCGAGGGCUGCCUGGGCCUGGAGCAGCUCACGCUGCAGGACUGCCAGAAGCUCACGGACCUGUCCCUGAAGCACAUCUCUCGGGGACUGACGGGCCUGAGGCUCCUCAACCUCAGCUUCUGCGGGGGCAUCUCGGACGCCGGCCUCCUGCACCUGUCGCACAUGGGCAGCCUGCGCAGCCUCAACCUGCGCUCGUGCGACAACAUCAGCGAUACGGGCAUCAUGCACCUGGCCAUGGGCAGCCUGCGCCUCUCGGGGCUGGACGUGUCCUUCUGCGACAAGGUGGGGGACCAGAGCCUGGCUUACAUCGCGCAGGGACUGGACGGCCUCAAGUCCCUGUCCCUCUGCUCCUGCCACAUCAGCGACGACGGCAUCAACCGCAUGGUGCGGCAGAUGCACGGGCUGCGCACGCUCAACAUCGGCCAGUGCGUGCGCAUCACGGACAAGGGCCUGGAGCUGAUCGCGGAGCACCUGAGCCAACUCACCGGCAUCGACCUGUACGGCUGCACCCGCAUCACCAAGCGCGGCCUGGAGCGCAUUACGCAGCUGCCCUGCCUCAAGGUACUCAACCUGGGCCUCUGGCAGAUGACGGACAGUGAGAAGGUCAGGUGA